CGCUCCUGCGCAUGAUCAGUACAACAUUUUGUUCGUCACAUAAAAGGAUUGUCCGUUCGGUUUCCGUUCAGUUCUACGAGUCAGUUCAACGGUUUUCGAAGGAGAAAGAAUUAUUGAAGUUUAAAGCAAAUUUUUGCUACUUUACAAAGUAUUUCUACAAAAGAUAAACAUGCAGAUUUUCGUUAAGACAUUGACUGGUAAAACAAUAACCCUUGAGGUUGAGGCAUCAGAUACAAUUGAAAAUGUAAAGGCGAAAAUUCAAGAUAAGGAAGGAAUUCCACCAGACCAGCAGAGGUUGAUUUUUGCCGGAAAGCAGCUUGAAGACGGACGUACGUUGUCCGAUUAUAAUAUUCAGAAGGAAUCCACUCUUCACCUUGUGCUUCGCCUUCGUGGAGGAAUGCAAAUUUUUGUCAAGACGCUGACAGGAAAGACCAUUACUUUGGAAGUAGAGGCUUCUGACACCAUUGAAAAUGUGAAGGCGAAAAUUCAGGAUAAAGAGGGAAUCCCUCCAGACCAGCAGAGAUUGAUUUUUGCUGGAAAGCAGCUUGAAGAUGGACGUACAUUGUCCGAUUACAACAUUCAGAAGGAAUCCACUCUUCACCUUGUGCUUCGCCUUCGUGGAGGAAUGCAAAUUUUUGUCAAAACGCUGACAGGAAAGACUAUUACUUUGGAAGUAGAGGCUUCUGACACCAUUGAAAAUGUGAAGGCGAAAAUUCAGGAUAAAGAAGGAAUCCCUCCAGACCAGCAGAGGCUGAUUUUUGCCGGAAAGCAGCUUGAAGACGGACGCACGUUGUCCGAUUACAACAUUCAGAAGGAAUCCACUCUUCACCUUGUCCUUCGCCUCCGUGGUGGAAUGCAAAUUUUUGUUAAGACUCUUACAGGAAAGACUAUUACUUUGGAAGUAGAGGCCUCUGACACCAUAGAAAAUGUAAAGGCGAAAAUUCAGGAUAAAGAAGGAAUCCCACCAGACCAGCAGAGAUUGAUUUUUGCCGGAAAGCAGCUUGAAGACGGACGUACACUGUCGGACUAUAAUAUUCAGAAGGAAUCCACUCUUCACCUUGUGCUUCGCCUCCGUGGAGGAAUGCAAAUUUUUGUUAAGACUCUUACAGGAAAGACCAUUACUUUGGAAGUAGAGGCCUCUGACACCAUUGAAAAUGUGAAGGCGAAA